AUGUGGACAUACGUGAUGGCUAUCUUUUGUGGCUGUGAUGGCUUAAUAUGAUCCGUGCCAUAGAUGAUCGAAAGUAUGUGCUAAAUUAGAAAACUCUGGUCAUGUGGUCUUCUGUGGCGAAUAGAAUGGAGUUGACUUCAUGCGACUGGCAAAUAAAAAAGCAGAAAAUCAGUGAGCGAGGUCAAUAUCUUCUACGGACAGCCCAAUGGAGCGACUGCAAAUUUAUUGUUGGGACGGAACCAUACCAGCAGGAGUUUGGAGGUCACAAACUCAUCUUGGCAAUGUCGAGUCCUGUUUUUGAAGCAAUGUUUUUUGGUGGAAUGGCAGAAAAAAAUGAUCCCAUCCUUAUCCUGGACGUGCAGCCCGAUGCUUUCAAGGCGUUACUGGAGUAUGACAUUUUAUUUUUUUAACUUUUAUUUUCUUGUUAAAUCCAUGAUUUUAUCUUGAAAUAAACCAUGACCUGGUUUUUCUCAGUCCUUCCCUGUAUAUACCCUCACCCUACCACUUGUAAGAAAAUUUAUAAAUCUUACUGUAUGAACUGUGUGGCACUCUGAUGGCUGUUACAAACAUCAUGAAUCUUCCCUGUCCUGGCAGUGGUAUUAGAAAUACAUUAUUUCACUCUAUGAAGACAGCCUGCAAUAAGCAAUAUAGUCCUGUGACCCACCAUUGCCAAUCAAGGUACUGAAAUCUAUUCUCAUGUUACCAAUUUCUGACCUGCAUGGGAGCCAGCAUGUUUAUUACACAAACAAUAUUAGGUAAGAUUAAUGAUGGCAUUAAAUAUUAUUUGUGAUAUAUGAUAUUCUUGGAACUGAUGUGUUGUUUGGAACACAUACUGGACUACCUCAACAAUUGGUAUAAAUUAAUAACAAAUAUAAAAUGCAAGUUACAGGAUCAACAUCAUCAACAACUGCAGAACAUAAUUAUAAGUAACACAUCAUUUGAAAAUGUUUCAAAAUGUAUAUUUAUACAGAUGCAGUCAACCUGCAGUCUUUUGACCAAGCAUGUGAAUUAUGCUACGCUGCAAAUAAGUACAUGCUGCCACAUUUGGUGGGAGAGUGCACCAAUUACUUGUGGCAUGAUUUAUUUCCAAAAAAUGCCUGUAGAGCAUAUGAAUUUGCAAAGCUAUUUGAAGAACCUGUGCUUAUGGAAAAAUGCUUGCAAAUUAUCUGUCUAGAGACAGAAGCUGUGUUGCAAGAACCUAGCUUUGAGGAAGUUGAGUUCUCAACAUUAAUUGUUGUCUUGGAACAAGAUGAGCUGAGGAUCAGUUCAGAGUUGGAAUUAUUCAAAGCAGCUCAGCGGUGGGCGGCCCGUGAAUGUGUCCGUAAAGGCCUCCCACCAGAUGAUGGCAAAUCACUGCGCUCUGUCUUGGGACCAGCAGUCGGCAAGAUACGCUUUCUGACACUGACUCCAUCACAGUUUGCAGAAGGCCCAGCCCUGUCUCCACUGCUCACCCAGGACGAGAGUUUUGCAAUCCUACUCAACAUCUCCUCUACGUCUGCAUCAUGCAAGCUCCCUCUACCCGAGGGCUUCUCAAACAGUGUUGAGUCUCGCUGCCGACCCUCGCCAGCCUCUCCUGACCAACCCUCAUCCCUUCCUGUGCAGGUUGGCAUCCUAGCAUCACCAGCUCACAGAGACACCAAAUUCUAUUGUGUACGCAACAUUUUGCCACAGCCACACUGUCUCAACACCAGCAUCCUUGACUGCUCGGUCACCUUCACAGUUGAUAGGAACAUCUUUGUACAUGGAGUGCAGAUUCCAACACAAGUUCUUGGAGAAGGAUCGGAGGUUGGAACAGGGAGCAGUCCUCCCAAUCCACAGCUUGGAGGCUCCUACACAGAACUGCUCUAUGCACACCUCCUGGACUCAGAUGGCAGCCGACUUACAUACACACACUAUACAACACGUGUGAGUUAUGGGUCACUGGUUGAGAUAACAUUCAACCGUUCAGUGGAGAUACAACGGAACAAGGUCUACAGAGUGGGGGUUGUCCUCAACAAGGUGGGCUGGUACCCAAUGGGUUCCUGUACUCAGCGAAUGAUGUGUGAUACUGUGUUCUUCACUUUCUCUGUUGGUCAACCCAGUGAUUCAGUUCGAGAUGGACUGAUCAGGGCAAUUGUGUUUAGUUACUGAAACUGUUUUACGUACAGUCAGUAGAUGUAUACACUGGUCCUUUCCUCCAUUCUUGCUGGCUUUUAUUGUUAUCAUUGUCCUAUUUUGUGUCUUAUUCCACAAGGAAGCAAAGAUGCAUAAACAUCACAAUAUAGGAAGAUGGCU